AAACUCAAAGGAAGGUUCAUUUUGAUUUUGAUUUGACAUUUGGACAAUUGCUAGAACAAGAAAAUAAAGAAAAGGCUAAAAAUGUAGAGCAUGUCGUUGAAAAUGAAAUAGAAAAAUAUGCCGAGAUAGAACCAUUUCAGGAAGACGAAGAAUAUGGGGAUGCUACGGAUUAUGUUGAAAGUUACUUUGAUAAUGGAGAGGCAGAUGAUGCAUUUGAUGACGAUGGUGGUGGAGGAGAGGCGUAUUUUGAUUAA